CCACAACAAAGUAAAGAUAAAUACUCUAUCUCGCUCGCUCCUCUAAAAUCUUCAGCAUAAAGUAUAAGACUUUAAGGAGGCAAGAUGAUUAUGUGGUAUAUCAUUGUUGCUGUCGUCAUCUUUGCAUCGUUACUCGUUGCAAGGAACAUGAGAAAGAACAAGAAGAAUCUACCUCCUGGACCACCAAGACUUCCUAUAAUUGGAAACUUGCACCAACUAGGAUCCAAGCCCCAACGUUCGAUGCUCGAACUAUCUGGAAAGUAUGGACCUCUCAUGUCUCUCAAGUUUGGAAACGUGCCUACCGUCGUGGCGUCAUCUCCAGAGACGGUGAAGGAUGUCUUAAGAACAUUCGACGCAGAUUGUUGUUCGCGACCGUACUUGACGUAUGCCGCAAGAGUUUCAUACAACUUAAACGACCUAGCCUUUUCUCCUUAUAGCAAGUACUGGAGGGAAGUACGGAAGAUGACGGUUCUUGAGCUCUACACGGCGAAAAGGGUGCAAUCGUUUCGGCAUAUAAGAGAAGAAGAAGUUGCUUCCUUGGUCGAGUUCGUGAAGGAGUCUGCUUCAUUGGGGAACAAGGUUAACUUGAGCAACACGUUAAUGAAACUGUCUGGAAGUGUGAUAUGCAGAGUAGGGUUUGGGAUAAAUCUCAAAGGGAGCAAACUCGAGGACACGUACGAGGAAGUCAUUCGAGAAACCAUGGAGGUGUUGGGGAGCUUCGCAGCAGCUGAUUACCUCCCUAUCAUUGGUCGAAUCAUCGAUAGGGUCACGGGGUUACAUAGCAAAUGUGAGAAGGUUUAUAAGGCAAUGGAUGCAUUUUUCGAACAUUCUAUAAAGCAACAUAUGGAAGAUGAGAGUCUUAAAGAUGAUAUCAUUGCCUUGCUUCUCAAAAUGGAAAGGGGAGAGGCUGAACUUGGAGAGUAUCGACUUACUAGAAACCACACCAAAGGGAUUCUUCUAAAUGUUCUUAUUGCUGGAAUAGACACUUCUGGCCACACAAUAACAUGGGCGAUGACACACAUGAUCACAAACCCAAGAGUUUUAAAGAAAGCACAAGCCGAGGUAAGAGAAGUGAUCAAAAACAAAGACAAUAUCACAGAAGAAGAUAUAGAACAACUCGAGUAUCUCAAAAUGGUGGUUAAAGAGACGGUAAGGAUCAACCCACUUGUACCACUUCUAAUCCCAAGAGAGGCUUCAAAGGAUAUAAAGAUCGCGGGUUACGAUGUUCCUAAGAAAACAUGGAUCCAUGUCAACAUUUGGGGUGUUCAUAGGAAUCCAAACGUUUGGAAUGAUCCAGAAGCAUUCAUCCCCGAGAGGUUCUUGGACAAUGAGAUUGACUACAAGGGUUUGAACUUUGAGUUGUUGCCGUUUGGUAGCGGAAGGAGGAUGUGUCCUGGUAUGGGGAUGGGUAUGGCUUUGGCACACUUGACUCUUAUCAACCUUCUUUAUCGAUUUGAUUGGAAGCUUCCAGAAGGGAUGGAGAUAGAAGAUGUUGAUCUUGAAGAAUCGUAUGGGCUUGUGUCUCCUAAGAAAGUUCCGCUUCAGCUUGUCCCGGUCCUUACUCAGUGGAGUUAA